AUGAUUCUGCCUCAAGACACCAAGGAACCCUUGGUCGAUUCCGACUCCGAGCUCGACUUUGACCUCGACGAAGACGACUUUGUUCCUCCCUACUCCCUUGCACCUGCCGACAACGCUCCCCUCCUCUCUCACCAGGGCGACAUUGAGCUGUGCCCGCCGCCGUACAGCGCGGGAGACGACGUUGAGGCUGCCUGUAAGCGCCAACCUACUUCUCUUCGGGAACAGCUGCAGAAGCGCCGGACGCGGAUACUGUGGUCUUGUCUCGCCGUCAUCGCCCUCUACACCACCCUCGUUACCGUGUUCGCAGCGCACCACCGCCGGCCGCAUCAUCACACGCAUUUCCGGCCAGACCACGCUUCCGGCACCUUUAGCGCUCUCGGGGCGGCCGGACGGUCCGGCUGCGCAUCCUUCCCUCCAGGCUCACCCUACCCGCAUUGGAGCGACCGUGCGCAGCGCAGCAGCAACUCGACAUUCCUGCUCUCGACAUCAGACAGCGCGGAAAUCUUCAACCAGUUUCGCGGCGACGCCGUCGUCGGCGACAUCUUUCUGACGGCGUAUGAUGUCGGAAACGAUGAGGUUGACAACCACGGCGCAAUCUACGAGGGCGACCAGCCGCCGCCAGGCAAGUACGUGCGCAUGACGGUUGAGGCCGUUUACGACGUGGACGAUGCCGAUCGCGACGAGGGCGCAGGAUGGGACAUGCUCCAGGCCUCGCAAGUCUGUCUCGUCUCCCGCCGCGAUGCGCCCCAUGCGUACCCCGGACCUGGCCGCAGUCUGCGCAACGGCGCCCGCGGCAUUGACCUGUACGCCGUUAAGCCGGCUGACAUCGACCGCCUCCCACUCCACUUCAGGCUGCAUGUGCAGGUUCCGCGUCAUGCGUCUGUGGAGCUCGUGGAGGGCAAGGAGAUCAUGGAGCGCAAGGAGUUGCGCAGCAGCCUGCCUCCACUCCUGCUCCAAGGUGCUGCGGGCUCUGCGAAUGUCAAGGAGCUUUCUGGCGUAGCGCUCUCGGCGCUGCGUAUCCGCACCUUGGCUGGCAGCAUCAACGUGCAUGACACGGCGGCCGAGGUGCUCCAGCUGCGCACGAACAGCGGGCACAUCUCAGGCUCCUUUGCUGUCUCGAAGCAGCUCGAGGCGCAGACCGAGGCGGGCAGCAUCGACAUUGGUCUCAGCCUCGCAGAGGGCAGGUGCGGCCUUGUCGACGCAGACGUGAGUACGAAAGCGGGCAACAUCGACCUCCGGCACGGCGAGUGGGCUCAGUGCCGCACACUGCGUGAGAACGUGGGCAGUGGUUCGGGCAACAUCCGCAUCGCGGCGCAUCCCCGCUUCGAGGGCUCGUUCCGCCUCGAGACGGCCCUGGGCAAGCUCGAUGUCGAGGACUCGGGUGCCGAGGAUCCCGAAGGCAGGGGCCGCAAACGCACGAUUCGCAAGACUGAGAAGGGCGGGUGGGGACGCAAGAGCAUCAAGGGCAGUGUUGCGUGGGACGACGAGCUCAAGGCAAAGAGCUCGGAGCUCAAGGCUGAGACGUCUGUGGGCAAGAUUGAGGUCGCGUUCUGA